AUGCGUUCAUCCACUCGUUUCGCUAUAGCGCUCCAGCUGUCGGUUGCAAGUGCUCUUGCUGUUGACACUUCAGCCAAGAUCGAAGCCAGGGUUUCAGACACAUACGACUACAUCGUUGUAGGAGGUGGAGUCACAGGUCUGAUUGUCGCCAAUCGUUUGACCGAAGAUCCAAAGAAAUCCGUCCUUGUCAUCGAGGCAGGUGGCGCAUAUGAUAACCCAAAUAUUCGCAUGCCAUUUGGCGCAACUUACGCCUUGAACACUUCGCUUCUGUGGACCGACUACGUUUGUCAACCUGAGCCUGCCCUCAACAACAGGACAUGGAACACUCGUGUUGCUCAGGUACUUGGUGGCGGGUCAGUUGUGAACGGUAUGAUGUAUGAUCGCGGCUCUGCUGCUGACUACGACGCAUGGGAGGCUCUGGGCAAUAAGGGCUGGGGAUGGAGCGGUCUCUACCCAUUCUUCCAGAAAGGCACCGAGUUCAUCCCUCCACCACAAGAGCUCGUCGAUGCGUUCAACAUCACAUGGGAUGCUGCAGCGUAUGGUAAAGGCCCCUUGAAGCUCGGUAUAUCUGACUUCCAAUACCCGGACAUCAAGAGCUAUUGGUCAGCCUUUGACGGCCAGGGUGCGCGCAGACUUGUUGAUGGUAACAACGGCGACAACGCGGGUACUUCGUGGUACCCCAACACGAUGAACCCUAAAACCGGAGAGAGACAACAUGCUCGUCUGGCCUACUACGAUACUGUGGCCGAUCGCAAGAACCUCUUUACUUUGCUCGAGACUGUUGCAAACGAGCUCGUUUUCGAUAUCAACACCACCGAUAGGCUUGUUGCUCACGGAGUCAAGGUUACCAACAAGAAGACAGGCAAAAUCAGGACUGUAUAUGCUAAGCGAGAGGUUAUUCUCGCAGCUGGCGCCGUCAACACGCCAAAACUGCUGCAGCUUAGUGGCAUUGGACCUAAAUCCAUUCUCGAAGCUGCCGGAAUCAAGGUGAAGCUCGCACAUGACGGUGUUGGCGCCAAUUUCCAGGACCACCCCUACACAUCUAUGGGCUUCAGCAUUUCCAAUAUGAGCAAACCCAACCCCACUUCCCUCUCUACUGAUUCUGCUUUCAACGCUUCUGCGUGGGAAGAGUACAGUGUCAAUAAGACUGGACCCCUGACACAAGCAAGGGGCAACGCACUUGCCUUCAUUCCCCUACCUGAGGUAGCACCUGCCAGCUACGCCAACAUCUCUUCCCAGGUCACCACUCAAGCCAACGAUGCCUAUCUGCCUGCCAUCUACAAGGGCAGCAAAAAGCUUCUCGCCGGUGUGGCUGCCCAGCGCAAGGUUCUUGCUGGCCUCUACGCAAACUCUAAAGCAGGCAUCGUCGAAUACGGUAUCCCCGCAGCCGGCAAUGGCCUUCUUGUCGCGUUACAAAAGCCUCUGUCUCGUGGUACCAUCACCAUCAACCCUGCUAACCCGCAGGGCGUCCCUCUGAUCCAGUACAACGCCAUGACCAACCCACUCGACAAGUCUAUGUUGGCUGCAUGCGUGCGCUACAUUCGCCAGGUCUGGGCGCGCCCAGAGAUUGCGCAGUUCAGCCCCGUCGAGACGAGCCCUGGCGCGCAGUACCAGACUGAUGCCGAGAUUAUCGAUCGUGUGGUCGAACUCGGCUCUCUGUGGCCGACGUUGAGUCACCCUAGCGGUAGCUGUCCCAUGAUGCCUGAGAAUUUGGGUGGUUGUGUCUCUGAUGAGCUGCUGUUCCAUGGUGUUGAGAAGCUGUCUAUUGUCGAUGCCUCGAUCAUCCCGCUCGUGCCAAGUCAGCAUAUUCAGAGUACGAUGUAUGCGGUCGGUGAGAAGGCUGGAUACAUAAUCAGCAACAGGCGGUAA